UUAUUUCUGUAGUCUGUGGAAAAUCUAGCAAGAAAUCAGCCGUAGCACUUAGCAGUCCUGAAUUUCUCUCCUGUGCAGUUCAUUAAAUUUAAUACAUACAAUGAUAUAAAUGGAAACAUGCAAAUAUGCAUUUGUAACAGUUUAGUUCUGCAAUUUGUACUUUUUUGUACGUAUAAAAUUAAAGUGGAAUACGAAGUUAGAAAUAAUUAUGGCGUCGCAACCUAGUGAUAACACAGAGUUUCCACCAGAAAUUAUUCAGAAACCUCUUGCUUUAAUUGGACUCUCUGGACUAGAUACUAUCAAUAACGCAAUUCAUAAAGCCAUAUGGGAUGCUUUUUAUAACAACCGACGGCCUGAUCGAGCCUCGGUAAGAUUUAAAUUACUCAACAAUACUUUUGAAUAUCCAGUGGUAAAGCCUAAACGAAACUCAUAUGAGUGGUACAUCCCUAAAGGGAUUUUAAAGAAAAACUGGAUACCCAAGAGGAUAUCUUUAAUACCAGCAGUUAUAGUUAUAUUUUAUGACAUGGAAUGGAAUGAUCCACAAUGUAAUGAGAAAAUUAUAGAAUGCGCUUCAAGAGUCCAGUCUAUAAGAGCAGCGGUAGAGGGCCAUGCAACUCGCGUUGCUGUAGUAGUAGUUCAGAGUGGCCUCUCUCCUCCACCUUCAGAAUAUAUGCUUGGUGCAGAAAGAGCACAGGCACUGUGUGCUGCAUGUGAAAUACAGUCCAAAUCAUUGUUUGUUCUUCCACAUAGUGAUCACCUCAUGGGCUACAUCAUAAGACUAGAGAAUGCAUUUUAUGAUAUAGCCCAAAAUUAUUAUCAUCAUGAAACUAAAAAUAUAAAGCAGCAUAGAGAUCAUUUGAACAAGACCACACAUCAAUAUCUAUUUGUUCGUCAUCAAUUUAAACUUGGUUUUUUAAAUGAAAUGAAACAGGAUUUUAGUACAGCACACAAACAUUAUAUGCAUGCUUUUAAUAAUUUACUGGAAACACGUCAAGUGGAUACAAAUAUUCAUGAAAUUAGAACAGUUGCAGGAUAUAUAAAUUAUAAAUUAUGUAAACUACUUUUUGCCUUAAAUCUACCAAGAGAUGCUAUUGCGCAGCUUAAAAAUCAUAUUGAAAGAUAUAAAAGCAGAAUUGGCCCAACAGAACUUCUGUUUGAACACUAUGCAUGGAUUGCUAGGCAGUAUAGUGCCUUCGGUGAAUUGUUUGAUGAAGCAAUUAGAGCUGGACUUCCAGCUAUACAGUCACAACAUCCAGGUUUUUAUUACCAAUAUGCAGCCCAAUUUACUGUGAAGAGAAGACAAGCCAUGAGAUCAGUUUGUUGUGAGGCACUUCAGUAUCCGGCUCCUCCUGAUCCAAUGGAGGGUAUAGUUGAAUUUUAUGGCCAGCGCCCUUGGCGACCGGGAAGACUUAGUGCCGAUCCUCAUGAUCCACAAAAAGAACAAGGUGCAGUUUUAGCACUCCAAUAUAAUGAAAGAAUUUUUAAUCACUCUGCAAUGAUCAUAAGUUUUUUAGGGUGUGCAAUAUCACAAUUCAAAACAUUCCACUCUCCUCGGAUGAGGAAGCAAUUAGUUGUUGAAAUGGCAAAUGAAUAUUAUUAUUGUGCCGACUAUGGCAAAGCCCUCACCUUGUUAACACAUAUGCUCUGGGAUUACAGAAGAGAGAAAUGGUGGUUUCUUGCAUCCCAUGUUCUCAAUCGAGCUUUACAAUGUGCUUACCUAUCUGCAAAAGUACAGGAUUAUAUUCAGCUUUCUGUUGAGGCUCUAUCAAAAAACAUACAGUUCCUCCAAAGGAGGUAGUGGAAUUGUGCUACAACAUACAACCCUUAGUUGCUGGCAACACCAUACCUCCACGGUUAAAAGCAACAUUGUUGGGAGACUCUUCAAGGCAAGAAGCAAUAAAGGAAAUGUUUGAGAAGAACUUUCCACAAAAUAUUUUUGUUAUGCCUAAGUACAAUAAAUAAAAAUAAAUGUUA